AGAACUCGGUCAGCAGUUCACUAAAAUCAAAGAUUCCGAAAGGGUCCGGAAGACUGGCAGAGAAGAAGGCAGCCUGUCUUGGGAGAAAAUGGGUAGUUGCAGUGAUGGCAAAGGUGAGGUUGAUGCCCUGCCUCCCAUCCCAUUUGAUAGACAGCUGGAAGAGGGGUCAGAUACGCAGCUUCCCCCGUCUUCAGGACUGGGAGGGAAAAGCCUCAUUCUGCUGAAGACGGUACAUUUGAAGGAAGGUGAGGAUGAUUUCGAGGGGGCUCCUCCUGCCCAUCAGCAGGACAGCCUGCACACCUUGACGCAGCGAGAGGCAAGCAUCCUGCAUCCUUUGGAGGUGGUCCCACAGAGCGAAGCUGCAGGAGAGGAAAGCCUGGUGAUAAGUUUGCCGGAGGUUUUCUAUGCAAUCCCUGAAAUGGAAGGGGUGCACACCCACAGCCUGAAAGAAGUGCAGGUGUUAAAUCAUGGGAGUGAAAGGUCGGCGGAGAAGACCCCGGACGCCCUUCGGUUUCAUGUGCAGUUGCAGAUGGAUAGAAGUAAAUAUACAAUUGCAGCUGGUGGUAAGGACCAGCAGGUCUUUGUAGCCGAGGAAGACAGAAUCGGCCGUUCCCUUGCGAUGGAGGAGGCGAAACCUCUGAGCGGCAGAAGGAAAGCAGGUGCCUCCCUGUGCCACAGCUCUGAAAACAAGGACCGGAACAAGGAACAGCGUCCUGUUGUGACCAUGAAAGCCCACGACAACCGAGUCCACGGGGAAGAAGCACGUCAGGCCUCCAUCGCCACGUGA